AUGUUUGGUACUGAUCAAAUCGUACCUUCAUUAGAAUCCAUAUUAGAAGACCCAACAUCGGAUGCGUUUAAAGAAUUUGCCAGCUACCUACACCAAUCAUACUGCAUCGAGAAUUUAGCGUUUUGGAUUGCAACGCAAGAUUAUUAUGAAGAAUGUAGAAAACAAGAUCAGCAUCAAUUAGGCGAAAAAAUGAUCAAUCUGUAUAUCCGUCCUAAUUCUCCUCAAGAAAUCAAUAUACCGUGUGAUAUGCGCCAGACAAUACUGGACAGUUACAACCAAGGCAAUUGUCAUUUACACAUAUUUGAUGAUGCUGCAGAGGCCGUUCUGGAACUAAUGAGAGUCAACUCAUUUCUACCUUGGAUUACGACUUGCUGCUCCACCUCCUCCACGAAUGAUUCCUCGUCAUGCUCGUAUUCCAGCUCCUAUGACACCAUUGAACAUAGCAACAGCCAUAGCAACAACCACCAUCACAACAGCUGGCCUACACCAAAGCCUUCCACUGUACAGUGUAACAAGAAGAAAUUCGGUGUGAACAAUUCGCCUUCAACCAGUUCGCUGACUGCAUUAUCUACCUCAUUUUCGUUCACAGACAAAUGGAAUUUGAUGAAACUGAAGCAGAUGUCUCGUCGUAGUUGCUCAUCGUUAGACUACUCAUCGUCAUCAGCGUCCAUGGUAGAUGAUGACAGAUCUGCAACUUUAUUUUUAGACAAUACAACCAUCUCGGUAUCUUCGGCAACAGCAUCGUUACCAACAAGCCGAUAUCAUUAUAAAUCCAUGUUGAAACGGGUAAAACGAUCUCUACUGGGCGCUGCUGCUACAUCUGCUCAGAACACUGUAUUAUUAGAUGAGGGCCAUACGCUAAAGUAA